AUGUCCUCCACCCACGCGUCUACACCUGGCAGUCGCCGGCAGUCCGGCUCCGGUCGUUGCCCACAGCAUCAACGUUCAAGUUCGGUCGCCGAUAAUCCACAGAUUAUUGGAAGUACCGGCUUGAGCGGCCGCACCCCCUCCUCGCGAACUACCUCCCAAAGUUCGCAACAUCGGCGAACCCAGUCCGCUCAGCCAGUGUCCCAAAACCUGGCCAGUCGACUUGCAUCUCUCCAGGUAUCUUCUGCUACCGAUUUUACUGAUCGCCUCCGCAACCCACCCGUAAGAGACGAACUUCGUGGGCCACUUCCUCGAAGUGCAUUCGGUCCAGUCCGCCCUGGAAAGAUUGGCAAGCCUUACAAAGCUUUGCAGGCGUACCUCGAUAAUUCAAGAGGCCAGCAUGUCGAUCUCCGCAUUGGUGACGAAGGCAAGGUCUUGAAAAAGUCCGUGCAGAGCGGCGUCGAAUGGCUGCAAGUCUCUAUUCCAGCGCGUGACCAGGAGCACUGGGUGCCUCCGCAUUGCAUUCAGGUCAACGAAGCUAUCUACUACGGAGAAUUGCGCUACAAUGAAAUUGUGACGAUGGAAGACCACAUUGAUACUGCGAGGCUUCGCAACAUGGUACCCGGUCAAUCCUCACAGCUUGGCAAAGCCAUCGAAGCUCAACUUGUCGCCUGGAAUGAGCAACAACCAGAAGUGGAUAUGGGUGAUGAUGUUAAGAAGACCAUAUCGAACACCGCCCAACGCAACAAGCUCAUUAGCCGCAUCAUCGAAGGCUGCGAGAAAGCUGGAUCCUACGGAAUCCUCAACAAACCAGACUUCGUACAGUCAGAUUUGAGCAGCUUCCAGGAUGCAAAAGACUGCCAACAAGGGGGAAUCUACGUCAAUCGAUACUCAUCCUUCAUCGACGACCCUGCUCUGAAACCAGUCUUGCGAGUCGGAAAAGGUACGGUUAUUGCAAAGAGAAUCGAUGAUCAUGUUAAGCACGGCGAUCCACAGUCCACCUAUGAUCUAGAGAAGACCCACUACCGCAUGGCGAGGAAGGCGAAUGUCAAGGAACAUUUUGUACUCUGCAUUUUGAGCUCCGCCGUUGACCAAACGAUUGCAGAGCAACUGUUCAACAACCUUCUUCAAACCUGGGCACCUUGGGUUAUCACCAAUACCAUAUUCGAGACGACUCCUGAAGAAGAUUCUCGCAGCCGUGAUGUGGAGCUGGACAAAAUCAAGGCUGUUAAGUACAGAGCUUUCUUCCUCGCGGCUUACCGUCACAAGCUCCUUAGUGACAGCGUGCAGGUCUUGACCGGUUGGCCAGGAGCCGUCUUUCGUGACGGUUUUGAUGCGUCGCAUGGUUUGAAUGUCAGCACACCCCUCAGCGAAGAGGCAUCCAACGAGCGCAGUAUCUGGACUCGUAUUGACAUUCCCGACAAGUUGACAGCUUUCUAUUCGCAUCCUCGGAGAGUUCGAGUCAGAGAAAAGAAGGGCAAGACCAAUGGCUAUUACGAACUGUUAGAGCUUGGUUCAAAAGCGACCAACGACCGGCUCUUGUUCCAGUUCCUGUCCUCCAAGGAAGCUUUGAGGAAAGCGAAUAUCAACAUCAAGGAAGGCACUCUUGUCUAUCCACGAAUUGAGAUUCGGCUGGAUGGACAGCCUCACGUAUCUUCCUGGGCACGUCUGCAAGAUCUCGAGAUAUGGAAUGACCACAAGCAAGCUGCAGCAGUCGGUGUGUACUUUGAAUAUCAAGACGAGCGCGGCAACUGGUGCGAAUUCUGCAUGCAAUCUUCAACUUUCAAGGAGCUCAAGAACCCAAGACAACGUGGCUCUCUUACGCGUCACUCCCAAGCAAUGGGUCUCUACCGAUAUCUGAUGCAAGAGCGGCUGCCACAGGAUUGGUCGGAGCAAGAGAAUUGGAUUUCCGACUACGGAAUUGCUCGUGUUCACCAGCUGCAUUUCGACAGUUUCACCCAGACUUUCUCCUUCAAGGAAAUCUUCGGUCCGGGACUGCCGCGCGAUCUGCCAAAGCGAAAGCGUGAGGCCGUGAUCGAGAGCGAACUCAAGGCCGCCGGCGCGCAGCAUCUAUCGACAGUCACAGGUUGGCAGGGGUAUCGUCCUCAGAAACUGGGCUCGGGUCCGGGUUCACCGAGAACGAUGUGUGACCUCUGUCAAUGCAUCUCCAAAGCAACCGGUAACAGAACACACCGUUGUGUGCAGUCCGACAAUCGUAGCGACCUCUGCACAAACUGCUGGGACUUGGGAAUCCCUUGCACCUGGACGCCCAAUGACCAGCUCAACGAGCAGCUGCGAGGACUGGUCCUUUUCAAGGGUGAAGGAGGCAGAUCUGCUCUUCCACAGAACGUGCACGGGCUUAUCCUCCACAAAAUUCCCAAUGAACCCGAGGAGGAGGCAUAG